AUGAGUACAAGCAUAUCAAAGACACUAAAGUUUAACCCCAAGUCAGAAAAGCUUAUUACGUUUGCUGCAGGUUGUUUCUGGGGAACCGAACAUAUCUUUUUAAAAUACUUUGGCGAUAGAAUAGUAGAUGGUAAAGUUGGCUAUGCCAAUGGGUCGGAGAGUGCCAAGGACAAGACUGAUUCAGUUUCGUACGAAAGAGUGAAGAAAGGCGAUACUGGAUUUGCCGAGGCCUACCAAAUAUCAUAUAAUCCAAAUGUGGUGACGUUAAAGGAGCUUGUUGACUUCUUCUUCCGUAUUCAUGACCCCACUACUUUGAACUAUCAAGGUCCAGACCACGGUUCUCAAUAUCGUAGUGCAAUAUUUGCUCACAGUGAGGAGGAUUUGAAGGAAGUAACUAAGUUAAAAGAGCAAUGGCAACCAAAGUGGAAUAACAACAUUGUUACUGAAGUUGCACUAGCGCAAAAUUUCUAUGAUGCUGAGGAGUAUCACCAAUUGUACUUGAAUAGGAACCCUGAGGGCUACGCUUGUCCUACUCAUUAUGUCAGAGAUUUAUAA